AUGGUUUCCGGGAAACCAAAGGGUGCUACCGUCCCCACAAUCGUAGCGGGAAAAUUGGACCAGAAGAGAGGAGCCGCAGUAGCUUCGAAGCAGUCCGACUCAGUUAAGGACGGCGUCGGAAGCCGGGUUGUUGGGAAAAGGACUACUGGGGCUAAAAGUGCAAAAGCACCUUCCCGAGAUGCAGCUAAAAACCCACCACCAGAGGAGGUCAGAAACCUCAUCCAAUAUUGUCGAGAAAGGAACAGAGGCCUAUUCGCGGCUGCAAACGCACAUCAUAAGGUCUGGGGCAGCACCGAUAUCAACGAUAGAGGUGAGUGUCUAUUUGAAUAUCUGUGCCAAACUAAUCUAGAUAUAGUCAAUAGGAGAAAGACACCCACUUUCGUCACAAGAGACAGGCAGAUGGUGCUUGAUCUCACGCUAGCUAUUCCCCUGCUUGGUUUCUACAUUGUCAACCUGGCAUGGCUCCUGAGGAGAGAAUUAGAGGAUUUCAAGGUAACUAUAACAGGCAUAAAGAAUUUGAAUAAUGCCUCAACCUGCAUAACACCAUCCAUAGAGCUUACGAAAGUUGCUGCCCUACAAAAUACAAAAAGUCCUCUGCCACAACAUCAUGGUGGAAUCGGGCGGAUCCCGAUAGCGCACGGCACCGAUAGCUCACCACCACUCACAGUGGCUAAUUAUGUGCUAUCGGAUCCCGUCCGAUGGAAUCAAGGCUUGGAGGAGUUGCGCUCCUUGGCCAAAAAGCUUUUUAUUAGGGCCAAGAGGGCCAAGCGUCAAGAAGAUUGGGAUCGGUACAGGAAGGCCCUUACCAAUUACAAUAAAGAACUGAGGAGUUCUAAAAGAAAAUCAUGGAGGAGCUUCUGUAAAAGCAUUUGCGAUUUCCCCGUUGAGGCUCGCUUACAAAGAGUAAUGGCAAAAGACCACUCCAACCAAAUCGGCCAUCUGCUCAGGACAAAUGGCAAAUACACAGAUGACGCUGGGGAGAUGUUAAGACUUUUGUUAAACACUCAUUUUUUUGGCUCUCAUUUUGUUGAGGAUAUAACGGAAAGAGAGGAGAGGACCUUGUUGCCCCAUCACUCUCUUCUCCGCGGAGUCAGAGGACUUGCUAAUCACAUCUUUAUGCCUAACAGGAUAAAAUGGGCAAUCUCAUCCUUUAAACCAUACAAAUCAUCGGGCGGCAAUGGGAUCUUUCCGGCCCUACUUCAACAGGGCCUGUUCUAUCUGCUGCCGCACAUUACAUAUUUGUACAAACACAGCUUUAUGCUGGGAGCAAAGGUGCUGGACCAGUAUCUCAGAAUUAAGGUGCUGUUACAUGCACCACUCCAUAAAAAUCAGCAUGCUUACCAAAAUGCAAAAUCUACCACUACUGCCUUGCAUUGA